AAUACGCCCUGACAUUAGAUGUUUUUUGUUUGUUUUUUUCAUGUAGUGUUUACAUUCUCCGUGGACGUAUUUCCAAUAUGAACAUGAGCUUCUCUGAGUUGGGACGGAGUGAAGUUUUAGAGUUGGUUGAGAAAUUCAUUAAGUUAGUUUUAUUGUAUUUGUACUCAUAUGACUGUUUCCAAAAAUAGUAUGAUCACAUACUACUUUUACUACCAGUAUUACUAUUAAUAAUAACAAGGAUUACAUUUUAAAACACCCUUCUGUUUUAUCAACACUGUUACAUUUCUACAAGAUUUACAAUUUAGCAUCAGUUUCAAACUUUGCCAAACUUUGAGGAACUUAUUUUCCACAAAUCUGACAUUAAAACUCCUUUUUACGUAGAAUUUAUGAUAUUAUUUCAAGAAUUAAAAUUUACAGUACAAGAAAUAUUGGUACAAAUAUUUACCCUAUGAUUUUUCGAACCAUUUUACAAUCACAAUUGAUUUUAUUCAGAUUUUAUGUAACAAACCAACCCAAUGUUCUCUGACCCAAUUCUAAUUUGAUUUACAUUCAACUUUACAAUCGAAUUACAAUGAGAAUAAUUUUCAACAAUCCUCUUGCUUGCUCUUGCAUAAUUUGAUCUGGUUCAUUUCUUGCUCUAAUCAACUGCACGGUGUUGAUUAAAUAAGUAACGGAUUGUCUUGUAAAAUGAUGCAAAAUUAAUGAAAACACAAGAGCAAUCAGAAACGAAAGAAAAUAAAAAUCAUGCAGAGCUGUUUCCCGUAUGAACAUUUGCGUUGUGUCUUCGUGUUGUUCGGCUGCGGGUUUCUGGAUCCAUCUGCACUUUUUAAAAAAACUCCUCUUGGGUUAAUUGUAGGACUGAGCUAAUUACCGUGAAGCUGUAAACCCCUCCUGCUGGCAGCAGAUUGGUCAGGUCCGGGCGGACCCCCAGUGCCCUGACCCUGCCCGCUGCGACGGGGCCAUGUAUAAGACACAGGGGCCCCAGGCUGACAGCUGCUAUGAUAGCAGGAAUCAAACAUCACUUCUUCUUCUUUUUCUUCUUCUCCUUCUUCUUUCUUCUUCUUCUUCUUCUUCUUCUUCGCUGUUGCCUGAACACUUCACAUCGACUGAAAGCGAGCUGUUGGUUUCUGCUCCGGCGGAUCUGUCUCCUGCUCUGCUCUGGUUUGGACUCACUCAUGGAGCUGUCGGAUAUUUCCUUCUCCAUUCCCUCUGCUGAUGAUUUCUAUGAUGACCCGUGCUUUAACACCACUGACAUGCACUUCUUCGAGGACCUGGAUCCGCGGCUGGUGCAUGGGGUCCCGCUGAAACCCGAGGACUCCUUCUCCCCCUCCUCCUCCUUGUCUUCAUCAUCGCCCUCACCGUGCUCCCACCUGCAUCACCAGCUCCAACACCCUGAGGCAGAGGACGACGAGCACGUCCGCGUCCCCAGCGGGCACCACCAGGCGGGCCGGUGCCUCUUGUGGGCCUGCAAGGCUUGCAAGCGGAAGACCACCAACGCGGACAGGCGGAAGGCGGCGACGCUGCGUGAACGCCGGCGGCUCAGCAAAGUGAACGACGCCUUCGAGACACUGAAGCGCUGCACGACGGCCAACCCCAACCAGAGGCUUCCCAAGGUGGAGAUUCUGAGGAACGCCAUCAGCUACAUCGAGUCUCUGCAGGCGCUGCUGCGCGGCGACCAGGAGGAGGGCUUCUACCCAGUGCUGGAGCAUUACAGCGGGGACUCGGACGCGUCCAGUCCCCGCUCCAACUGCUCCGAUGGGAUGAUGGAUUUUAACGGACCGAGCAGAACAAGAAGCUUUGACAACAGCUCUUUCUUCUCUGAGACGCCAAACGCUGGUCCGAAGAGGGGUCGCAGCUCUGUGAUCUCCAGUCUGGACUGCCUGUCCAGCAUUGUGGAGCGGAUCUCCACGGAUGGCAGCAGCCUGCAGCUCGGGCUUGUAGCCUCCGGCUCCCCGGCCUCUUCAGCUCCGCUCAGCGAGGCAGGAAAGGCCCGAGAGGCCACUCAGAUCCCCUCCUCUUCCUCCCCCGACAACCAGGACCCAAACCUCAUCUACCAAGUCCUAUAGAGCCUCCCGCUCAGCACAGCUGGAAAAUAACACGCUGCCUUGUUGUAGAGUUAUUACUGGAAAACACGUACAGUAACAAAAUGGCCUCAUUAUUCUGCUUUUAAAGAGUCUCCGGCAGCUGUUAGCAGCCUGACACGCAUCCAUCAUGUCAAAGCUCUUUCCUGUCGGGAAGAAAAAACUAAUUUAUCUCAACUAACUAAACCUGUCAAAGCGUUUAUCAGAGUACAGUGGACAUUUUUUAUUAGUUUUGAAAUUUAAUUUAAUGUGAUUUUAUAUUUCACUAGUCUUAAUUGAAACUUUAAACAUAUUAAUGAACCUCAACAUAUUUUUCCAAAUAAAAAUCUAAAAACUAAGUGAAUAGACCAAACGUAUUAUUAUUAUUAUUAUACAUUUUUCAUCCCUGUUGAAGAGAUAACUAAGUAGAAACUUGUCACUACUUUGGUACCAGAAGGUUGAUUGUAUGAAUGCUAAACUAAUAAGAAUAAUUUAUUUUCUCACCACAGAUGAUUUUCAAAGAUUACAUUAUUCCACUUUUUGGGUUAAGUGAGUGGAUUCAACCUUAUUCUACUAAUAGCUUUUUUUCUAUUUAAGUUAUAUGAAAUAAAGAAUUAUUUUGUUCAUUUGAUUAAAUGAGUCCGACAAGCAUCCAGUAACAUUCCUCCACUCUCAUCUCAUCCUUCCUUCUAAAGUCCUGAAGGUUCCAGUAGAUCUGAAAAUACAAAAAAAAAAAAAAAAAAAACCUCCUGCAGAGAAAACCUA